CUGAGAUCGACUGGAGAGGGUCGCUUUCUCUCUGUCCUGAGCGUCCUCGCUACCUGACUUGAAGCGGCGUCAUUGCACUCAUCCUCGUGGUCGUGCCCGGGCAGGGUGAAACAUGAGUGGCCGUGUGAGAUCCAGAUCCAGAUCCAAACAAGGAAGAGAGGAUCGAGGAUCUGCCCAGCCAGCUGCGGGUGUGGUUACACCGCCCCCCACACAGGCCGAGCAGCUGAAACCAAAGGAGAAACCAACUAAGACUCAGGAUAUUAUACCUGAUCAAGGGAAAGAAGUUGAAGGAGCACCUGUUAUUCAAGGAUCUGAGCCGGAAGCCGAUGUCCAGGAACUGCUCGAGACCAAAGCGGGGGACAUCACUGAAGUCGACCCUGAUGUCAAGGGGACAAGUCUGCCAACUGUGGAGCCCAGUAAAAUGCCGGAAGCAGGUGAAGGACAGCCCCAGAUUUAAACGAGGACAGGCUGAAACCAUGCAGACUCCACUUGUGUAGGGUCCUUCAGUGUUGGAAUUCUCUCAAUAAAG